AUGGUCAAACGCAAAGCCGUUGACGACGAAACGUCCUCAAACAAGAAGGCCACACUCACCGCCACCACUGCCAAGCACAAGGCACCCAAGAAGGGCACAACAUCCACCCGAAAGGGCAAGGGCAAGAAGAGCGAAGAUGUCCAAGAGGCAGAACCACCAAAGCCGCGCGUGAAGCGCAUCAACAAGACCCUCAAGGCCAAGGUCAAGCAAGUGGGUGACUUUCUCGACACCACCAGCAGAGAAGACUCGCGCCUGAAGAGAAGCAGCGCCAACGAGAACCAUGUCAUCAUCACCGAGGCAUGUCUCCUCGCCAGCCUCAUGGCCAUGCGCGCUGACUGGGAGCUCACCGAUCCUCGCAUGGCUUCCUUGCUCGAUGCAAGUGAGGCGAUUGUCGAGCAGUACGAAGAGAAGUGGGCUUCCAGCGAGCAGCUGGUGAGAAUGGUUGCCGUGGACCUUGAGAAGAAGACUGCGUUUGUGGAAGGCAUUCAGCAGAAGAUCGAGGGCUGGGACCUCGAGGGCAUCAACUUGCUGGAGGUUGAGCUGGAACUCACCCAGCAGAGAGCCGAAGAUGAAGCUGCUUUCCGCCUUUUCUCCACCGCAGAGACGGCCGUCCAGGCCACCGAUGCCAGCAAUGAGACCAUCGUCGAGACCGAGACGACGGAGAUAGCUGCCGAGAUUUCGGCAAGUGAGGUUGAGGCUGGUGAGGCGAACGAGGGCGAUGCGGUGAGCACCAAGAACAGCAUCACCCUCGAGAAAGAGAGCGGGCGUGAGGGGGUUUGCCCUGCACCCAUCAAAGAGCUGUGA